GAAAAACCCGGUGAGAUCUUAAUGAAUUUCUCUUCCUUUCUUGUUAAAUCACAAGAUUUGGGGCUUAGAAUCUUCUCCCUCAACCCAGAAAAUCCCGAAUCUGCUCUGCUCUUCUCCCUUGUUCGUCGGGUUCUGCUGGGUUUGAAUCCUUCGGCUUUUUCUGCCGCGAGUUCCCCUGCAGAAUUUCUUCUUCUCUGCCGCCGGCUUCUUCUUCCCCUGCUAGCUCCGGUUCUUGCUGGAAAAUUCUGUGUUUUGGCUAAUGUUUGGAAGUGGCAGUACUGUUCACGUCGUGAGCACUGUUCACGGGUACUGUUCAUAGGCACUGUUUAUAUGCACUGUUCACACACUGAGGGUUCUGAUCGUUCUGUCACCGUAGCACUUGGGUUAGCCUUCUGUUCUGUGCGAGUGAGAAUUUCACUGUUUUCUGGAAUUGAACAUGAUUGGAAUGAAAAUGGGAAUUUCAUUGUUUUUCUGGAAUUGAGCAUGAUUGAAAUGAAAAGUGAGAAUUUCAUUGUUUUUCUGGAGUUAUUGCACCGAGCAUGAUUGGUUUGAAAUGAAACUGUUUUCAUUGGUAUUGAGUAGAGCAUGCCUAUUUGGAAUUGACUGAACUGUUUUGAUGAACUGAGAGUUACAAUUCUGAGUUUUCUGAUAAAUCCAUGCCCACAUGGAUUUUUUUGGUUAUUUUUGAAAUUGGGAUUGAUUGUGAAAUUCGGGUUUUCUGUAAACUCUGCAUGGUUUUGUCUCGGAUAUGGUCAUGAUUACUGAUUACUGUGCCCGCUAGUGGGAGGUUUAUAAACGCUAGCACAUGUCAACAUGUUUACUGAUAGAACCGGUUCAUCCUGCCAAUGGGAUAAUACAUUUGGCACAAUUAUUGUCGCCUGUCAGUGGGAGUUGUAAACACUGGCACCAUUAUUGACGCCUGUCAGUGGGAGUUGUUAAACACUGGCACUUCUGUAACCUUGCCUAUGGGGUUAAACAUUGGCAACUACUGUGCCCGCCAGUGGGAGAUUUAUAAACGCUGGCCAUGACUUAUAGAUGAGACUACUGAACUGAGCUUUCUUCUGCAUUGACGGUUUGUUAUUGAAUUGAAUCUGAUUUUGCACUGACGAGUUGUCAUUGAAUGCUUUACAAUUAAACUGAAUCUGAUUUUGUCACUGAGCGUUUUGGUUAUAUUAAACUGUUUAUCUGGCGUGCUUAAAAGUUUUACUCAAGAGCUAUCCAUAUUUACUUACUGAGUUAUCUCAUAGUUUUCCUUGUCCACCAUUUCAGGAAGCGAUACCGAGGACGGAGAAACCGAGGGGAGUGACGAGUUAGAAGGCUAGCCAUUUCGAGAUUGGUAUAGAUUUAGAAAUAAAUCAUGCUCUUGCAAGCUAGAGUGGAUUUGGAGAUUUUAUGAUAUCAGAGCAGAUUGUAAAAUUUUAUCUUGAGAUUUUGUGGCAUCAGAUUGUGAAUUGGAUAAGUUCCGAACCUUGUGCAUUUGUGGGGCCCUCUCACGAGUGCACGGCGUCUGUCGCGCCUCGGAUUUGGGUUCUGGG